CUUUUCAUGUCCUCUUUUCAAUAGCCAUUAUUUAUUUAUUUUCUCUUUGAAAUUUGAAAAAGUCUCAUUUUUACAAUUUCUCUAUCUCCUUUGACUCGCCCCACACAAACCCACGUUUCCUCUCUCUCUGCCACCAUCGUAUAAUUUCUCGCUUCCUCUCUCUCUCUCCACAUUUCUCUUACAACCUCCUUUUUUCGGUGCUUCCCAACGUUGUACUUGCUGUCGUUUCUGAGAGAGGUUUAGUUUGUGAAGUAAUUUAUUGCGAAUUAAUAAAUUAUCCUUUGGGCGUUGAAUGAGUUGUUAACUCCUUGGUAUCUGUUUCCUGUUGAAGCAUUUCCGGGUAAGAAUCAGAUCAUACAGAAACCUUGAUUUGGACCUGAAUAAGGGGAUCAAAUGAGACAAAAUGCAGGAAUUUAUUGGUAAUAAUGGAAAGAAUCAACUAUGAUUCAAUUACAGGUUAUUUUGAAGAGAUUCUUGUGCAGACCGUUCUAUGUCUUCUGUUAAAAGUUCUUCGCAUGGGCUUCAAAAUAAUGGAAUUCCAAGUAAAGGCUCUGAGAUUCUUGGCAGGCACAAUUUUGAAACUAAACUGGCUCAAAGAAAUUUCAAAAGCAAUGAUGCACUCGAUCACAUCAAGGACCUAGACGCCAUGGAACUUUAUUCACAAGCAAGGGUUCAAGAAGAGGAGAUCCUCUCCCUUCGUGAACAGAUUGCUAUUGCCUGUAUGAAGGAACUACAGCUGGUGAAUGAGAAAUGCAAACUGGAGAGGCAAUUCUCUGAGCUAAGAAUGGCCGUUGAUGACAAGCAAAAUGAAGCCAUCUCAUCCGCAUCUAAUGAUUUAGCUCGAAGGAAAGGAUAUCUUGAAGAAAAUUUAAAACUUGCUCAUGAUUUGAAAAAUGUAGAUGAUGAGAGAUAUAUCUUCAUGUCAUCUAUGCUGGGGUUGCUGGCUGAAUAUGGUCUUUGGCCUCGUGUUAUGAAUGCCUCUUCAAUAUCCAACUCUGUAAAGCAUUUACAUGAUCAAUUACAAUGGAGGAUACGGAGUUCACAUGAUAGAAUUGGAGAGUUAACGUCAGUACUUGAAAGCCGCACCGAUAAUGGUAAUCAUGUUGUUGAAAGUCCAGGUUCAGGAAAUUUGAGAAGUCACGUUCAAAAUGAAUUCAUGUUUCAGCAUAACUUUCCCCAGCAAAAUCUUAUCGGGAAUGAUCAAAAUCCUCAGUCAAUGAGCAAUAUGGCAGGAUAUAUGCACCCAGCUCUCAAUGGUGAUGUAAACUGGGGAUUCAAAAGGGUCAACUAUCAGGAGAUUUCCAAAGCAGAUAGGGUGGUAUCUUCUUUCCCACAUGGCUCAAUUGAUAAAAUUGGAGUGCAGGACAAAACCAGAGAAAGAAAUAAUGGCAACUUGUAUCAAACUCCACCUGAGCAAGAUGAGACUGCUUCCUCUGUUUCUGAAGAUGGCCCUGGAAUUGAGAAUUUUCAAGUUUGUGGUGAUUGUGUUCCUGGAGAAAAGCUUCUUGGAUGUGGAUAUCCAGUACGUGGAACUUCUCUUUGUAUGUUUCAGUGGGUUCGGCAUCUUGAGGAUGGCACUAGGCAGUACAUUGAAGGAGCCACAAAUCCAGAGUAUGUUGUUACAGCUGAUGAUGUUGAUAAAUUGAUAGCAGUAGAGUGUAUUCCAAUGGAUGAUAAAGGCCGUCAGGGAGAACUGGUGAGGCUUUUUGCUAAUGAUCAGAACAAAAUAAAAUGUGACUCAGAAAUGCAACAUGAGAUUGACACAAAUCUGUCUAAAGGAGAAGCAAUGUUCAGUGUUCUACUUCUGAUGGAGUCUUCCGAAAAUUGGGAACAAGCAACUCUUUUCUUAAGACGAUCAGGGUAUCAAAUUAAGAUUAAUGGUACUGAAGCUGCAGUAGUUGCUGAAAAAUUCUCAAAGGACUUAUCGAUUAAGGUUCCAUGUGGUCUCUCAACACAAUUUGUGUUAACAUGCUCGAAUGGAUCUUCUCAUCCUCUAAGCACAUACAGUGUCAGAAUGCGAGACACACUUGUAUUAACUAUGCGAAUCUUCCAGAGCAAGUUUAUCUACCUAAACAUUUUGGACAUUGUUUUUGGGGACACAGGCAUUGGAUGACAAAAGGAAAGGGAGAGCUUGACCUCAGACUACCAUGUCCAAGCUUCAGCUUUUGUAUGGAAGAAAAUAAAAUACAAAAUCAGUUGAAGAAAAAAGUUAUGGUCUCAUUUGAUUAUUGGUUUGUUCCACUUGUCUAGCGACCUGCUGUAAAAACAACAGUAGUAUAUAGAAGCUAAGAAAGUGUAAAAUGAGAAGAAAGCAAAAACAGUGCGUAACAUUUUUUUUCCACUGAAAUUACAAUGUAAUAUUGUAUGCCUGUGAAUGUGGGGGAAAGCUGCAUGAGUUAAAAGCUCUACACUCAGCUAAGCUUAACUCCUCUGUUUGUCAUUUGAUUUAUCUGUAAGUA